UUAAUUGGAGGACUAUAGGAUGUUUGUGCAAGUUCUAAACUUUUGGCUCUGGGAUUUCCCUUGUAGUCAUAAGGGGUAUUAAAUAAAGCUUAGCUCAGAAAACAUCAGAUGUGAUUUUCUGUCCACAUAAGGCAUUCUGCAUGCAAUAAAUGCGCAAUUGCAUCACACAUUAGUGGAAUAAAAGCGAAGGCAAAUCAAAGCACAGCAAAGUGCUUUCGUCAUCUUCCUUCCUUGUCUGAAGUUGAUAGGUGGCUGAAAUUCCAAACUUGGCGUCAAAAGAUCUAAAGGUGUCAAGACCACUUCCUGUUGAACCAACAACGGACAAAGUUCAAAGCAAGGGUGGAAGAGCGCUGUGCUGGACUGUGGUUAUUUUUCUCGUUUUUGCUGCAUGCUUUCAGCAUGGCAUUGUCAAACUUAGAGCAUUGUUUUCGACUGAUGAUAUGUAAAACUGUCCAAAAAGUGUGAUCUCAAAAUGCAAGAGUAUAUUUGCAUAAAAAAUAAAUCUCAAAGCAGAUCAUAAAAUGAACUCAGAGAUGUUGUUGCGUGGCAUUGUGCAACAUCAAAAUCUUUUUUUAAGAUUUAUGAGGAAACAUUUUACAUUUUAAAAUUACAUUUUUACUUACAAGCUCAUUUGACGUAAUGAUGGUUGUGUCAACCUAUCCAGACUCUGCAUCACAUAAGGAGAUGCAUCUUCACAAAAACUGGGUGACAGCUAAAGAAGGAGGGAGCAUUACACAUAGUACAUGUGAUAAUGAAGACGCAAAAAGAAAAAAAAAAUUCUGGGAACUCUUGUUGCCUCAGAAAGCUGGCUGCGUCAUUUCCUUCCAAUGACAAAUGUGUGGUUUCAGUCUUUAAAAACUUUUUCAGAGUUAUGAUCAUGACCAGUUUGAAACUUUGUCUGUGAAAGGAGAAUGAAUUGUCAUGUUAGGAACAUGGUCUGCCUAUCUCAGAGAUCACAAGCAAAAUCCAUUAGUGCAACCAACUAUGUCAUGCAAGAAUGAAAACAGCAGCCGGCUUCUUCACAGUAGUAUCAAGCUCACUAGGUUAACCAGCAAAAAGACGGCAAUGCUUUUAGAAACAUAUAAAGCCAGUCAAGGAGACUCUACAGACCUGAUCUGUGAUAUGCAAAUGGACAAUGUUCCAGAAUCAACAAUCUCCGGCCAGACUAUAUCGGAGCGCAUCUUGAGUGUUUACACCCGCCUAAAAGAGUUUCCGCCUCACAUGAAGACAGUUAUGGAGCAGCAGAGAGACUUCAAUCCUCCAACCAACCCUGUGGCAGAGGGGCUUAAUAUGAUAAUGACACAUGUUCACCACACUGCUCUGACAGUGAACUGUCUCUUACAAAUCCUCCAACCAAAUAUACUUAUUUCUGAGCCAGCUGAAAGGCCAACGGGAAUUCCCCCUGCACAAAAUAUUUUCCAGCAGAAGGCCUAUGGAUGCACUGUCCUGUCUCGGCUUCAGGAGCUCCUUAGCAAAGCAGUUCAAGAACAAAAGUCUCUUAGGAGGAAAAUGUGCAGAAAAGGGACAAACAAAAUUGUUCUGAGAUGUAAAACAAUGUCGAUGGUUUAAUAUUAAUAUUUAUUUUGGUUAAUCUAUGUUGAAAAUAUGUCCUGUGGAGUAUUUGUUUUAUGUAAUAUUUAUUAAUUUAAUUUAUUUCUGCCCUGCAUACUUUAUCCAUAUAUGUAGACAAAAAAGUUUUUUUUAAACUUCCAUUUGGACUAGAAUGGAUAAACGUAUUUGGAUGUCAUGGACUGCCAUAGUUCAUUUAUUAUUUGACAGUUAAAAAAACACACACACAAAAAAAAAAAAACAAGCACUUGAUUCAUUUGAAGCAUCAGCUGUCAUCAGAACUGUAUACAAUAUGGCUGGAUGUGGAGCAUUUUGUCAUUCAGGAAAGAAGGCACAAAACAAUUCUUAGAACUUACUGUUGAUUUCUUAACAGCAUUCUAUGAGGUCAUACAUGUUGUCAGAGACAAUUGUUUUGAUUAUAAAGAAAUUUGCAGUGAUAAAGUGUGAUGUCACACGUUAGCCAUAUUGGCUUUUGUGGUCUGUGCUAAAUAACCUGAAUAACCUAACCUUGUAAAUGUUAUAUGUACUUUUUGAGACAGUUUUGAGUUGAGACCAUUUUAGAAGUCAGGAAGUGCAAGAGACUGAUAUCAGCCCAUAGUGACGCAUUCAUUUCACCACAUCAGAAAGGGGAAAAAACUGACUAGCUGUCUCCCCUGUCACAAGGUAUAAGUCUGUUUUUGUCCAUGUGAGUGAAUCUCAAGCCAUUGAGAUUGAUAGUUUGACAGUUUACAUCCUUUGGUUUGUAUAUUUCACUCAGCACAGCUCUGAAUGCUUUCUAUAGUUAUCAGUUUUAAAUUAUGAAUGUAUGUAAUUAUUUUGAUACUUAUUUAUAUGAAAACUAAGAUCACUUUACAUU